AUGGCCGGGAGCAGACUUGAGAGGGUAGGAACCGUGUUUACGAGAAUUCGGGAUCUAAUGCGCUCUGGAGUGAUAAAGGAAACCGAGAAACCAAUCUGGUAUGAUGUCUAUGAAGCUUUUCCCCCAAAACGACAACCACUGUAUGUAAAGCCCUACACAAGACCCAGGGUGAAGAAGCUAGACCCGGUGCCUGCAAUUUUCUACACAGAAGAUAAAGUUAGAGCGAAAUUUUAUGAGCAAUACGGAAUGGGUUCUCGGCCUUUUGAUCUUUCUAAAUCUAGCUUUGUCUCCACAUGUCAAAGGUUUGUAGACAAGUAUGCAGAGUUAAAGAGCCAAUCAGAGAUGGAGGACUCUGUUCUGUUUGAGGAAACUGCAAAGGCUUUACUUGCAGAGGGUGUAAUACUUAGAAGGAGAGGAGCAUCAGCGGUGUCAGGCGAGUCCAGGGAUCCAGUGUUGGGGCUAAAGUUAUCAGCCCUGUUGGCAGAGCAGCAGUCAGAUGGUGAUGACAGCAAGCAAGAGCCAGAAGAGCACACGACACACACACAAUCCUAG